CAAAUAAGAGGAGGAAGAAAUCAAAAAGGGAGGAUACGCACACACACACACACACCAUUGUGAAUAAAACACUAAAUGCCUCGUUCGUAGCAUAGAUCGUUAAUAGAAGGUGACGAGGAGGAGGAGGAGGAAGAGGAGGAGACCGGAACGAAACGGAAUCGAACGGAACUGAAGAAAUGGCAGCGAGAAAUUUCUUCAUUGUAGGAAUUCUUGGGAUAUUGGAGAUCGUCUACGUUCGUGGACGGAUGAUUCAAUUAGAUCCCUUGAAUUCGGACAUGAUCGUGUCCAGAGGCGAGAGGUUGAGUUUACGGUGUUUACCAGUAUCCGAUGAACAUAUUACGUGGUACAAGGACAACGAGGUGCUUCGUCAUUCAACGGUAAGGGUGAAGGUGAUGAAACAAACCCUCAAAUUCAGAUACUUCGAAUCUCGUGACGCCGGGACUUAUGGUUGCCUAAUCGAAAAGUAUAAUGAUUACAAUCAAACGAUCGAAUGGAGGAACGUGACACUGCGUGUUGAAGAAGCUUUACAAAACGAUGGCUAUCGCGAAGAGGAUGGAAAAAUUGGGAACGUACUUGAAGCCCUUAGACCGAGGGAUGAAACUAAUGAACUUGAAAUCGAAGCGAGAAAUUUACCAGAGACGCGAUCGUUGCACUUGGACAGUGAAAAAUCAGACGCCGAAUUGGACAACAAUAAAGGCGAAAACGAAAUGGUCGGUGAACACAACAAUACGUUACCCGAUCGUCCACCUACAUUCAACAAUAGCGACGAGAUGCAUAAGCCAGUCGUAAAACCGGCUGGAAAUAUGGUACGACUUAGGUGUCCAAGUACGGGUAAUCCUAGGCCUAACAUUACCUGGUUAAAGAACAACGAAGAACCCAAGAGAUCACUCGGUACAAUUAUUAGAACUAAAUGGACGCUGAGACUGGAAGACCUCGUACCCGAUGACAGUGGAAAUUACACUUGCAUUGUGUGCAAUCGUAUUGCUUGCAUUAAUCAUACAUUCAAGGUCGACAUUAUAGAGCGUUUCCCGCACAAGCCGUACAUCAACGAAGACUUUCCAAAAAACGUGACAGCAUUGGUGAACAGUAGCGUGACGUUUAGGUGUCCCAUCGUGGCGGACCUUGAACCUUACAUACAAUGGGUCAAAGUAGCCGAGUAUCCCGGUGAUCAGGAGGAUACUCCAAAGGGGACCUUACUCCAGGCUGGGAUAGUUGAAAAUCCGGAAGAACUGAAGCUCUACAACGUAACUGAGAAGGACGAAGGAUGGUACACCUGUAUAGCACAGAACACAUUAGGGGAAACCUUCAGCAGUGCUUACCUUCGUGUCGUCGAAACGUUGGAGGAGAACCGUGUACCGCUAGCGGCAAGACCACAAAUCCUGGUGAACGUUUUGGCUGCAGUCCUGUGCGUAUUCUUCGCCGUCGGGGUCAUCGUCGUAAUCUACAUAUUUCAUCGUUUGAAACGCGAGAAGAUGAAGAAGCUAUUGGCUAUUGAAACUGCACGUGCUGCUGUGGUCACCCAAUGGACGAAAAAGGUUAUCGUGGAGAAGACCAAACAGGUUAAUGCGCAGAACGUUCAGGAACCACUUCUGAUGCCUGUUGUCAAGAUUGAAAAACAAAAAUCGACGAUUACGUCGGAUGAUAGCAACGGUGGUAGCAUUUCGGAAUACGAAUUACCCUUGGAUAGCGCUUGGGAACUUCCUAGGGAACAAUUGAAAUUGGAUAAUACUCUUGGAGAAGGUGCUUUUGGAAAAGUCAUCAGAGCACAAACCAAUACUGGUAGACCGGGUAUACCUAGCGUCGUUGCUGUCAAAAUGUUAAAGGAGAGUCACACGGACGCCGAGAUGAUGGAUCUCGUAUCAGAAAUGGAAAUGAUGAAGAUGAUAGGCAAACACGUUAACAUAAUAAAUCUAUUGGGUGCCUGUACACAAGGCGGACCACUUUACGUGAUCGUCGAGUUUGCACCUAACGGUAAUCUUCGUGAUUUCCUUCGCAUUCACCGACCUAGCGCAAGCCCUGCUUUCCAAUCAACCAUCGGUCAGGAAGAAAAGGAACGUAAGACCCUAACGCAAAAGGACUUGGUGUCGUUUGCGUAUCAAGUGGCACGUGGAAUGGAAUAUCUUGCUAGUAGAAGAUGUAUUCACAGAGACCUGGCAGCGCGAAAUGUUCUCGUUAGCGACGAAUAUAUCCUCAAGAUCGCGGACUUUGGUCUUGCCAGGGAUAUACAUUGUCACGAUUACUAUAGAAAAACAACGGAUGGCAGGUUGCCUGUUAAAUGGAUGGCACCGGAGGCUCUUUUUCAUCGUGUCUACACCACUCAGUCCGACGUAUGGUCGUACGGAGUUCUGUUGUGGGAAAUAAUGACACUGGGUGGUACACCAUAUCCAUCCGUACCCUCGGUCGAAAAACUUUUUCAAUUGCUGAGGACGGGACACAGGAUGGAAAAACCACCUUGUUGCUCGAUCGAAAUAUACAUGCUUAUGAGAGACUGUUGGAGUUAUCAACCAACGGAGAGACCAACAUUUAGUGAAUUGGUUGAAGAUCUCGAUAGGAUAUUAACGAUAACUGCGAACGAGGAAUAUUUAGAUCUCGGUCUACCACAAUUGGAUACGCCACCGUCCAGUCAGGAAUCAAGCGACGAUGCCGAGGACGACGAAACCGGCGAACAAUUUUCGUACCUGUUAUAAAACUUUCAAUUUAAAAAAAGAAGGCUGAUAUUUACAAAAAGAAAACAAAAGCCGCGCUAUGAAAGCUGCGUUUUAUCAGGGCCAAGGAUUAUUAUUAAGGAUCCUCGCCUUUCGAAUAAGCCAAAAAAAACUAAACAAAAAGAAAAGAAACAGCAAAUUCAUUCAUUGCGAGAGCGUAAACGACUGAUAUUCAACACAAGCACGCCAAAUAAUGCAAAUCAGUAUUGACCUAUAAUAGAAAGAAAGAAAGAGAAGGUGUAUAACAAAUUUUCUAGACUUAAACCAAUCUCGAGGAUGGGGAAAUGGGGGGUAUGGGAAGAAAUAGGGAAGAGAAGGGUUCGAAGAAAAAUUUACAAUCGUAAAUUUCUUCCGAAGGGUGAAUUCGAGAGCCUGUGGAUUCAUUUUUCUACGUCUUAUUGUUUCGUGCCAUGAAUGCGUGCCUUGUUAAAAAAAAAAAAAGAGAGAAAAAAGCAAAUAGAAAAAAUAAUAAAAAGAAAAAUCAAAAAAGGCUUCCGAUGAUCGCCCAAAAUUCACGAUAAUUGUACAGCGAGAAAGAGAGAGAGAGAAAUAAAACAAAGUGAGAAGAAAAAGAGAGUAUAAUGAAGAGGACAUCAUGCACGAUGUCCGAAAUAAUGUGAGACACUCUCUAGGUGCAUGAUAUUGUGUUUAUAGCUAGUCAAUUGUUUUUUUUUUUUUUUCGUAAUUUGUACGUCUUUUUUUGUAACAUAAUAGUUGUUAAAUCUGUUAAGAGAAUUGUAUCUCGUUCCCAAACCUAAACUCGACGUCAAACGUAUGAACAUUUAUCGACACAAAUGAAAGAUCAAUAGGAACAGGAAUUAAGUUUGUUUGAAUGAUACUGCGACAUUGUCGAGUCUAUGGGAAAAGAGAGAGAAAAGGAAAGAGAGAGAGAAAAAAACAGGACGAUUUGGUGCAUAUAAGAAAAAUGAUUGAUGCACUCGACACUGUGUAAUGUAAGUAUAUAUACAAUUAACUUCAGUUUUAUUUUUUUUCUUCUUUUUUUUAUUGAUAAUUUAUUCCUCUUACAUUACCGUGUGUUUUUUGUUUUUCUAAAACACAUCUUACGUAGACUAGUAAACCCUUAUUAUCUGAUGUCGAUGUGUUUGUACACGCGUGCUACACUUAUGUGAGCGUAAUUUGGAAGAAAUCUAAAGAGGAAAUGCAUCGAAAAUAAUUGAAACAAAAAAAUCGCAAUAAGUUUGUAUAGUCGAAUACGUCCGCGAUUUUUGAUUCACAACAUUGUACAUAGUAACGAAUCCUUUAUUUAAUGGCUAACUUGUACAAGGAUUAGCCUAAGGUAAUACAUUAUAGAGAGCAUUUACCUAAAGGGAUAUAGGGCGUACUGUAUAUUCUGUGUAAAGGAAUAAUCAUUGUAAACGUGAGUUUCAUAUGCAAUAAAUGAAAUCUUUUGUCGCACA